GGCCGUCGCAUUCUUCACGACUCCUCCCGGCGCCUUCUCCAACUUUCUAGAACUCUCGCCAUCCUCCUCUUUCCAAACCAUUUUAAGCGCUCCGCCAUGAACUCCCAAGCUCUCCACACCGAAACUGAAGCACACCAGACCGAGCAAGCAGCAGGCACGAUAAACCGAGCCCCACAGCUCGCUGCCAAUGGCUUCCACUUCCCUCGUGGCCUCUAUCAUGUGUACUGGUAGCAGCACCAGUACUAGGAGUACAGCCUUAUCAAGGAGGAGCUUCUGCAAGAACCUUCACAGGGUCCAUGUCAGGCCUGUCAGGAACAGGUCCGUCGUCAGGUGCUCGCUGCAGGAGCAGCAAGAGCAGGCGACGGAGAACCGGCGAGCUUCCUCCAUUGCCGUGGCUCCUGACGAGCAAAAGGUCGAGGAGGCGAAGGCAUCUUCUCAUCAUGCCAGCGUAGGAGGAGGAGAUCAUCAGGAAGGAGGUGAUGGUGAGGACGGCGAGAGGAAGAGCAGGGAGGAGCAGCAGGAGGUGGACUGGAGGUCGGACGAGGAAUUCAGGAAGUUCAUGGGCAACCCUUCCAUCGAGGCCGCCAUCAAGCUCGAGAAGCAGCGCGCCGACCGGAAGCUCCGGGAGCUCGACCGCGAGCCCGACGCCAGCCCGGUCUCCGGCCUGCUCCGAGGGUUCAUCAAGAACACGCUGGAGCGGGAGAAGCAGAGGCUGGAGGAGGCCGAGAAGACCUUCAAGGCGCUCGACCUCAACAAGCUGAAGAGCUGUUUUGGGUACGACACGUUCUUCGCGGUGGACGUGCGGAGGUUCGGCGACGGCGGCAUCUUCAUCGGCAAUCUGAGGAAGCCGAUCGAGGAGGUGAGGCCUAAGCUGGAGAAGAAGAUCGCGGAGGCGGCCGGGACAGAGGUCACCCUGUGGUUCAUGGAGGAGAGGAACGACGACAUCACAAAACAGGUGUGCAUGGUGCAGCCGAAAGCAGAGAUCGAGCUGCAGCUCGAGGUCACCAAGCUGAGCACGCCAUGGGGCUACCUGAGCGCCGUGGCUCUGGCCGUCACGACCUUCGGGACCAUAGCUCUCAUGAGCGGCUUCUUCCUCAAGCCCGGCGCGUCCUUGGACGACUACGUCUCCGACGUCCUCCCUCUCUUCGGAGGCUUCCUCUCCAUCCUCGGCGUGUCCGAGAUUGCGACGAGGUUGACGGCGGCCAAGUACGGCGUGAAGCUGAGCCCGUCGUUGCUGGUGCCGUCCAACUGGACGGGGUGCCUGGGCGUGAUGAACAACUACGAGUCGCUGCUGCCGAACAAGAAGGCCCUGUUCGACAUCCCCGUCGCCCGCACGGCCAGCGCGUACCUGACGUCGGUGGUGCUGGCCGUCUCGGCGUUCAUCGUCGACGGCAGCUUCAACGGCGGCGAGAACGCCCUGUUCAUACGGCCGGAGUUCUUCUACAACAACCCGCUGCUGUCGUUCGUGCAGCUGGUGAUCGGGCCGUACGCCGACGAGCUCGGGAACGUGCUGCCCAACGCUGUGGAGGGCGUCGGCGUGCCGGUGGACCCGCUGGCGUUCGCGGGGCUGCUGGGGAUCGUGGUCACGUCGCUGAACCUGCUGCCGAUCGGGCGGCUGGAGGGCGGCCGGAUCGCGCAGGCGCUGUUCGGCCGGAGCACGGCGGCGCUGCUGUCGUUCGGCACGUCGCUGCUGCUGGGAGUGGGCGCCAUCAGCGGCAGCGUGCUGUGCCUGGCGUGGGGGCUCUUCGCCACAUUCAUCCGCGGCGGGGAGGAGAUUCCCGCGCAGGACGAGAUCACGCCGCUCGGCAGCGAGCGCUACGCGUGGGGCUUCGUGCUCGCCGUCGUCUGCCUCCUCACGCUCUUCCCCAACGGCGGCGGCACCUACUCCAGCUCCUUCCUCGGCGAGCCCUUCUUCAGGGGCGGCAUCUAGACCCACCCGGCAGCCACUAGUGUAGAAAGAGUUGGGGCUGCUGCCCGAGUUUCCACCUCCGAUUCAUGUCACUGUGUCAGUGUAUAGUAGCGUAGCAAUUUUACUAACAACUACAGUUUGAAAAUUUAAAAUCCUCUAGUGCUCUUUUUGUGUC